CCCCGCCCCCAGGCGUGUGCAGCCUCGCCGCCCGGUGCAGACCUUCGGGAAGGAGGUGCAGGCCUGGUGUGAUCUUCUGUUUGGAUGGAGUGAAAGAGACCAUGCAGAAGGACUCUGGCCCUCUAGUGCCUUUACAUUGGCUUGGCUUUGGCUAUGCAGCACUGAUUGCUUCCGGUGGGAUCAUUGGCUAUGUAAAAGCAGGCAGUGUCCCGUCCCUGGCCGCUGGGCUCCUCUUCGGUGGAUUAGCAGGCCUGGGUGCCUAUCAGCUGUCUCAGGAUCCAAGGCACAUUUGGGUUUUCUUAGUUACAUCUGGAACUCUGGCUGGCAUUAUGGGAAUGAGAUUCUACCACUCCGGAAAAUUUAUGCCUGCAGGCUUAAUUGCGGGUGCCAGUUUGCUGAUGGUCGCCAAACUUGGAAUUAGUGCGUUGAGUAAACCCCAUCAGUAGUAGUCAUGGCCCGGCUUGGACUCAUGAAGAAUUUUUAAAUUUCCACUAUUUUUAAUAUAUUAAGAUAAAUAAGUACAGCAUUUUCACAUAUUCUGACAUUUUACUUAAAACAAAAACAAAAAAAACCAACACUGAACUUUGCAGAGGAAAAAAUCAGUCAUUAUCUUUACAACACUGAAGAGGUGGGUAGAAUGUAACAUAAGAGCUUCUUCCUGCAGUUUGAUUCCUGUAUGUUGGUGUUAUCUGUUCUCUCUGAAUGUAUAGGUAAAAUCUCCAGGAAUAAAAUGUAAGGUGUCACCACUGGGGCCCCCAAAACCCCAUGCUCUACUCAGAGGAACAGUGUGAAAAAGAUCUCUUAACGAGAUUUAGGCUAUCUGUUCUUUUGUUUAUCUUGGAGCACAG